AUGAAUAUUUAGGGGUUAAUUGAUACAAUUAAAGAUGCAGCAAAUACAUAAGAUCAAAAAAGUGAUUUCUAGUUAGUUUAAUAAGUUUUAAAUUUAACAAAUGAUGAAUUUGAAGGAAAAAUAAUUAAAUUAAAAGGGACUGGAUGUAAAAGUAUAUGUUCUGGAUCUCUUCCCCUAAAUAUCUUAUUUUACAAAUGUUUUGAUUGUAGCAAAGAGCCUACACAUGUAUAUUGCUAAGAAUGUUAUGUACCAGAAAAACAUUAAAGUAUAAUAAUAUUUUAAAAUAAGAUCAUGUUGUGACUUAUCAUUAUUCAAAUGGAGGAUGUUGUGAUUGUGGUGAUACAUUGGUAAUGAAGAAAAAAUCUUUUUGUGCUAAACAUUCACAAACUCAAAUAUAAACACCAAAUCCUGAAAUGAUUUUUGGGGGUAAUAUUAAUAAAUUUAAUAUAGAAAAUUUAACUCGUAGAUUUAAAUACUUUAUUAUGAUAUCCUUUGCUCUUUUGUUUGAAAGCACAUAGAAAAUAGUUGAUUACACAGAAUAAUUAAUGUCUUAAAUCUAAGAUGCUAUUGUAACCCUAAAAGUUGAAAAUUCAUAAAGUUUUAUGAAUGACAAUAUGGCAGAGUUUCUAGAAAAAGAAAAAGCUUUAAGAGAUUGCAAAAAAAUAUAUCGACUUAUAUUCAGAAUUCUUAAAUUCUUAACUCAAGAUAAUAUUACUUGGAGUUAUGCAACAAGCAGAUUUCUAUAAAUCCAUAUAGAUUGUAAUAUUUAAAAAUAGAUAAAAUUAUAUCAUGUUCAUUAUAAUAAUCACUUUGGUUAGUUUAAAUUGGAGAAGAAAGAAUAACUUUGUUUAUGCUCAAUAUUAAAUUUAUUUGUUAAACAUAAUGUUUUUUUUUCAAGAUUCUAAUAGGAUGAUCCAAAUAUUAUUUCAGAGUUGUUUUAUGAAUUACAUGCUGAUGAAAAUUUCAAACCAUAUUUAUGUAAAUAAAUCUUAAUAAAUUUUCAUUAUUUAUACAAUCCAGUUUAAGUUUUCAAAUUAAUAACAAUUUAGGGAGAAUAAAUUAAAUUUAGACUCAAUACUAUAAACUAUACAGUCUAAUCAAAACUUAAUGAAAUAUUUCCAAAGUUGGCUUAGAAUAAUAGUAUUAAAAAAAUUUAUUGUAAAAAUAAAGUUGAAAAAGCUUCUUUAUUUGGUUAUUUUUAUUAAUUCAUGGGACAUUUAAUAUUAAGUCUUUUAAACUUAUAUAAAGAAUUUAAGAAUUCAUAAAUUUAUUAAUUGUUUGAUAUUUUUUCAAAUCAAUUACUCUUAUUGUAAAUAAUAUUUUUAUUUGAUUUAGACCUAUUUGUGAUGAAUAAACCCAUUAGUAUUGCUCGUUAUUUGAUGAUAUGAUACUCUAAUAAUUCUAUGAUGAAGUUGUGAAAAAGCUCUUUGAAUAAAUCUUUGAGAUUUUAGGUUUUGAUGCUGAAUUAUUUAAGUUUAGUUUGAUGCAUCCUUAAAAUCCUAAAUUUGGUUAACUCUAAACAAAUUCAUUAUUGAUAUAUGCAUUAUUUAAAAUAUAUCCAUGUAGACAAACAGAAACUUCAACAUUCCAUUUUUUAAAUCCAAAUGAGGCUCAAAAAUUUAUAAAUUCAGUAGUUCUUCAAAAUAAAAUACUUUAAGGAUAUAGAAGAUUAUUAUCUGUUUUAGUGGACACUUGGAAAGAUGUUUAUAGAUAAAAUAAAGUUGGAUUAAAAAACAUUUUUAGGUUAACAAUAAAUUACUUUUUAAAUAAUUAUGUUGCAUAAUUUAGAUUGAAACCUCCUGACACAAUAUUAAAAAAUUAUUUAUCAAAUGUUGUUGUUUGUGAUAGAAAUUUUAUAAAUUUAUUAUCUUUAUUUUUAAUGGAUUAUAAUAAUCCUUUAGAAGCUUAGGAAGAUUUAUUUGAAACAAGUGGUUUAAGUCCACAAAAAUUUAGAGAAGUAAUGCUCUAAUUAUUAAAAAGAACUUUACUUAAUAAUAUUGUUUUGACUAAAAAGGGUGGAAAUUCAACAACAAUAUACAAAGGAUAAUUCAAAAUAUAUAAGGAAGAAUAUAAAUUGAAAGAAGUCUCACUUGAAUAAGUAGAUGUAGCUUAUAUUUAAUUAUAUGCAUUUUUAUUUGGUGCUUAAGGUAUUAAUGAUAUUGUUUCUAAUUACAAAGAAAUAGCUGAAUUUUUUUAAUACAAAUCUGAUCCAUCAUUUCUAAUAUGUAGAAUAGCUUAAACUGAUUAUGAUUUAAUUUAAUGUGUAGGUGAUAUGUUUGGAAAUGAUCUGCCAGAACAAUUUUAAAAAGGACUAAAUAAAUUAUUCUAAACUAUCUUUUAUGCUUAAUCAUUUUAUUAAGAAAAUGAUCUUAGAGAGCUUCUUAGAAAAUUUAGUUAUGAUAGUAGUUUAGAUUUAUAAAAAAUAAUUUUAAGUUCAUGUGAAUUAAAUUAAGAUAAUUAAUAAUUAUAAUUAAAAAGAUCACUUUUACCAGUUUAAUAUGAACCAAUUUUUGCUUCUUUAGUAUUAUAAUUAAAAGAAUAAAUAAUAGACAAAUUAAAAACUUAAAAUGACUAACCAUCUUAAUUGUUUGGUACUGCACUUGCAAAUGAAUUGAAUCAAAUAAAUUAGGAUAAAUCAACUUUAACAUAAAAAAGAUUAGCUAUUUUGAAGGCAAUAGCUAAUGAUGUUGAAUAGUAAAUACUUUAAGAAAUUAUAAAAUAACUUCAUGCUUAAUUAGAAUAAGGUUUAGUAAAAAAUAUUUCAUAAGUAUUGGAAGAUUAUUCUAUUUAUAUUAAUUUAGUUUUUUUAUGUAAUAAACAUUUUCCAUGUUCAUAAUCAAUCCUUAAAUAAAAUUUAUCAACAAUUUCCUAAAUAUGUUUGCAAAUUGUAUCAGAUGUUAAUUUAACCUAAACAUCAAAUAACAUUUAUUCUAUUUUUGCAUCAUUACUUGAUGAAACUACUGUAACCUUAGAUUUCUAAAGUGAUGCAUUAAGAGCAUGUAGAUCUUAAAUCAAAAAAGCUAAAUAUUAAGAAAAAUUUAACAAUAUGGGAUCGUAAUUUAGUUCUUAAUUUGACAAUACUCCUACUUAAAUGGCAACAGAAACUUGUUCAUUAUGUUAAUUACCAUUUGAAUAAGAUGAAGUUUAAUAUAGAGCAUUAUUGAUUUAAUAUUCUAAUCUUCACAAAUAUAUUCAAAUGAUUCCUUUACCUCCGUAAUAAGUUGAGUUAUCUGACUUUUUCCAAAUAGUAUCCUCAUGUUGUUAACAUACUUUUCAUUAAUAAUGUUUAUAAUAGAAUCAAAAAAAAUAUUCUAUUGGAGAAUUUAAAUAUUUGUAAUGUCCAUUAUGUUUAUCCCCUUACAACUUCCCAUUUGUUAGCACAAUAUAUAUUAAAGAUGCUCAUGAUAAGAAAUUAACAGAAAAUUUGAAGUUCUUUUUAUAAACCUUAAUUGAUAAAAAAGCUGGGGAAUAUUAUGAAAAAUAUUCAGUAAAUUAAGAAGAAAGAGUUCUAAAAAUUUAUGAUGAAAUAUUUUCUUAAGUUCUCUGCAACUUAUUAUUUUAAUUAUUGAGUGAUCUAAAAUAAUUUUAAGAGAAAAAAAUGCAUUUAUUAUUAUAAGAUAUUUUAGUCUUAUUAAGAAUAAUUUAUAAAGAAAAUUAAUCAACUAUUUUAUAAAAAAUCAAUUAAGAUAAUUAGAUCUUUUUUAUAAUUCUCAAUUUAUUAUUAUAAUUUUAAAUAAAGGAAAAGAAAAUAAAUAACUUAUAAUAAGAAUUAAAAUCAGCACUUUCUGGAAAUUAGAAUUAAUCUGCAAUUAUAGAAGCUUUAACUCAGAAUAUUAUUAUUUCUUAUUUUGAUUAAAGAUUAUUGCCAUAUCAAAUAGACAACAUUACCUAAUCAUUAAAAUAGCAAUAUAUCUAGAAAUUUUAAUUAAAUUUUAAAGAUUUUUUAUUAAGAUAUUACCUAGCACCUUGCUAAAAGAAAAAAUGCAAGUUUUUACCUUUCUAAAGAAUUUCAAAUUAGGAGUAAUGUCAAUACUUAUGUUUAAUCUGUUUUAAAAAAAUGUGCUGCCAUUUUUGUGGUAGAUUAUCAGAAGUAUGUAUUUGUUUUUAUAUAGAAAAAAAAUGGAAAUUUAUUAAGACAUUGCUGUAAAAAACAUAAUGGUAAGACUUUGUAUCUAAAUUUAAGAAACAGUGAAAUUAUUAUAAUGCAAGCACCAUAUAUCACAAUCAACAAUAAUCCCUUAUUUAAGAAUUUAAUUGGAGAAUUGCCAUUUAUUGGAUACAAUUAAUCAACUUAUUAUGAAAGGUAUAAGUUAAAUCUUAAAGCAAUCGAUUAAAUUAUUGAAAUUAUACUUGGAGAAAAAUACAUUCAUAAAUUUUUUUUAAAAAUCAACAAAGUACAUAGUACCACAUUGUGA